CACCCUUACGGUACAACCAUCCACCGAAGUACUGACGUUUCGCUGUGCCAUCGCAUGGCCGACGUGUGCAUUCCGAGAUUCGCUUUCGCGUGGUACCCGCUGUGUCACAAGUAUCGCUUUUAAAACGAAAUACUUGUGGCAAACAUCAACAUACUGAUCUCAAAAGAAAAAUUUGUAGAUCCGGCUUUCACGACGACGUGGACCACCUUUCCAGGCUUUGUCCCGUUGGUGAUAUAAGAUUAAUUUGCUAGAAAUUCAUAAGCCGCGACCACGCGACACAACGCGCAGCAAUGUCCAACGAGGAGACUUCCGCUGACCGCAAUGUUGAGAUCUGGAAAAUUAAGAAACUCAUAAAAAGCCUUGAAAUGGCUAGGGGGAAUGGAACUAGCAUGAUUUCAUUAAUCAUUCCUCCAAAAGAUCAAAUAUCAAGAGUAAGCAAAAUGUUAGCAGAUGAGUUUGGAACUGCGUCAAAUAUUAAGUCUCGUGUAAAUAGACUCUCUGUUUUGGGUGCAAUCACAUCGGUCCAGCAUAGGCUAAAAUUAUAUACUAAAGUACCUCCAAAUGGCCUGGUAAUAUACUGUGGCACCAUUGUAACAGAGGAAGGAAAAGAAAAGAAAGUUAAUAUUGAUUUUGAACCUUUUAAACCUAUUAAUACUUCUCUUUAUCUUUGUGAUAACAAGUUCCACACUGAAGCACUUACAGCAUUGCUUGCUGAUGAUAACAAAUUUGGUUUUAUAGUAAUGGAUGGUAAUGGAGCAUUAUUCGGUACACUACAAGGAAAUACCCGCGAAGUUCUACAUAAAUUUACUGUAGAUCUUCCAAAAAAGCAUGGCAGGGGUGGACAGUCAGCUCUCCGUUUUGCUCGAUUACGUAUGGAGAAGCGACACAACUAUGUUCGAAAAGUUGCGGAAGUUGCUACUCAACUGUAUAUUACUAAUGAUAAACCUAAUAUUGCCGGUUUGAUUUUAGCGGGUAGUGCUGACUUUAAAACGGAACUUAGUCAGUCCGAUAUGUUUGAUCCGAGAUUGCAAGCGAAAGUUAUAAAAUUAGUGGAUGUUUCGUAUGGUGGAGAAAAUGGUUUUAAUCAAGCUAUUGAAUUAGCUGCUGAAUCUUUACAGAAUGUAAAAUUCAUACAAGAGAAGAAAUUAAUUGGUCGUUAUUUCGAUGAAAUUUCACAAGACACAGGAAAAUAUUGUUUUGGUGUAGAAGAUACUCUAAGAGCAUUAGAAUUAGGUAGCGUGGAAACUCUUAUUUGUUGGGAAAAUUUAGAUAUUCAGAGAUAUGUCUUAAAAAAUCAUACAAAUGCAGAAGAAAAAGUUUUGCAUUUAACGCCUGAACAAGAAAAAGACAAGACUCAUUUUACUGAUAAAGAAAGCGGAGUAGAGUUGGAGCUCGUAGAAUGUCAACCCCUACUUGAAUGGCUUGCAAACAACUACAAAAGUUUCGGCGCCACUUUGGAAAUCAUUACUGACAAAUCUCAAGAAGGUUCUCAGUUUGUUAGAGGUUUUGGCGGUAUCGGAGGUAUAUUGCGGUACAAAGUGGACUUUCAGAGUAUGCAGUUGGAAGAUGUUGAAGUUGACAGUUUUGAUCUGGAUGACUAUUAAAUCCGUGACUCGACAGACAGUUCUUUUAGCUUCAGAGGAAAACAUAAGUAUAUGUUCUCCCCUUGCAUCAUACUUCAAGGAAAGCACAUAGAAGGACAUGUUUAUAAAAUUCAUAUGAUGCAGUACAUACAUCAUUGAAAUUACUCAUUAGACAGUUCAUUCAAACAAUUCACAAUCGAUACACCAAAAUUAAAGAAACAAAAAGGCUCAACACGUGGCGCGCCGAUAAUCCAUGUCCAUGAAGAAAGAAAAAAAAAGGCAACUCGACUGUGACACUUAAUUAGCCAGCUUGAUACCUGCCUAUUUCACACAACAUUACCUUCUAUUGCAAUUAUAUUCUUUAAUUAUUCAAAUGGAUUUAUUUAACUAAUUACACGCGCUACAAUGCUGAAUAUAUGUUUGAACGAUACACGGUUUGGGAUAUCAUAAUUUUUGUAUCAAAUUGAUGUUCAUAAUUUCGUCAUGGAUUUUAUGAUUAAAAAGAAAGAUAAAUACUCGGCAGCACGAGGAUGAAUGUAGCGUUAUUUUUGUUCAGACAACAAUCAUGGAGAAAGCUGUAAUAAACUGAUUAUUAUAAACAUAAAGUUGCGUAUCGUGCAUUCUAUACCGAUUACUAAAUUCAUAUGAAUAAUAAAGAGUUCUGUACAUAGACUUAAAUUUUUAAUGGCACUGUUGCCUUAGACAUAAGUUAAGAUUGCGUAAUAUCCCGGAAAAAGAGAACAUCUUUCCGACUCACCGAGUGAUACACAUGUAAACAUAAGAGAAUUCUUUCGUAAAAACUACAUUAACUUCGCUGGCUAUCGACUCUUAUAUUUUGUACAUUCACAAUUGUAUAUAACAAAUGCUCCGCAAAUGUAUCGAAAUGUAUCUUUUCGAUUGUUAUAACGGUGCACUCUAUUAGUAAAGAAGUAUCUUCUGCAAUA